CUCGGCUUCAAUGGCACGUCUGUGCUUGAGUCUUGCGUGAUACUGCUGUGUGUAAUAGUGUACGACGCAUUUAGCAGUUACUCCAAAACCAAACAUAAUCGUUUUAUUUUCAAUCCCGUUUCAAUUUUCGCUUUAAAAGAAAAGCUAAACGAAUAGAACACGCGCAUUGAACUCUGCUUCAAAACCAGUGGUCAAGAUGGCUGAACGCGCUGACACACCGGCUUCCGGCUCAUCUGAAACCUCCACAAAUCCCCAGAACGAGUCGUUCGUAACGAAUUUUAUUGCCGAAAUUAUUAAAAGUCCGAUUAACUUAAUUCUCGUUGGCGUGAUAGCAUUUUUGGUUUACAAAAUAUUGAAGAGCAAAACGAAGGAUGAAUCACCGCCAAUGGAGUACAAAGAAUUACCCAGGAUCAGGCGUGAUUUUACUGUUGAAGAGCUGAAAACAUAUGAUGGUAAGGGAACUGAUGGUAGGAUCCUUGUUGCUGUUAAUGGAAGCGUCUAUGAUGUAACAAAAGGCAGAAGAUUUUAUGGACCAGAUGGACCUUACGCAGCCUUCGGUGGACGUGAUGCCAGCAGAGGACUUGCAACAUUUUCAGUUGUACCGGGUAAAGAUGAAUACGAUGAUUUGAGUGACCUCAACACGACGGAAAUGAAUUCAAUCCUCGAGUGGGAAGAGCAGUUCAAGGAGCGCUAUCAUUACGUAGGAAAACUCUUGAAACCAGGUGAAACACCGACAAAUUACUCUGACGAAGAGGAUGAGGGUAGUCAGCAAGAGUCCGAGAUGAAGUCUAAGGAUGAUUGACCGCAUCAAGGGGCAUUGACCAAAUUAUUCCCACUGAACACUCAGCGCACAUCACUGUUGAAAACUUCUCCAACUUUGACAUUCGCUAUUAAACUUUUUAAUAUUCUGUUAUGGUUAUUGUGUGUCUGACAUCAGCAGACAUGUUUAAAAUCAUGCCAAGAAUACAUAACAAUAAGACAAAGGAAUGAGGGAAAAAUUAUUAAGACUGUUUGUAUGAUUCGUUAGAGACUUGAGUUGGGUGACUCUACAUGUUUAUCGGGAACACUUUUUAAAUACGUGGAAAAUGAUUUUUAUAUAUGUACAGAUAAUGUUUUUCUACUAUGAUCAUAUGAAACAGAAACACUCAGGUUUUGUUUGUACUUUGAAUAUAGUAGAGGUGUGGUCAAACAUAAAAGUUAAAAACAGGUACAUUUUAUUGAAUAUUCAAUUUACUAGACAACGCGUGAAUCGAAGGAAAAGUACCAAAGUUCCUUUUCUGUUGAAAAAUUUAAUUAUUGAAAAAAAAAAAAUAUCUGACAUUUUCUCUUAAACACAUUCGUCCUCCCAAUAUAAAUGCAUAAUAGAAAAUGUCAAUAUUUAUCAUGUUAUGGAGUACCACUUGACUAGUGGAUGGAUAGAAAUAUUUUAUCUGUUAUAAUUUCAUUGGAUCAUAAUAAUGGUUCAUGAUUUCUCCUCUGGUCUUUCAUUGCCCUUGUUAUUACCGCAAUUUCAAAUUUCAUUGAUUUACAAUUUUAAAAAAAUGGCAAAAUCAGUUAAAUGAUACGUAGAAUGCCUUAAUUGUUGAAUUAAUUUCUUUCAUUGUUGCACAUUUUGAAAACAAUAUAAACUACUAGCCCCAGUAUGAGGAAUAUUAUACGUUGAUAAUGAAUAUUUUAUAAUCAUGCCAAUAUUUCGUAUGAAAAAUUUUCGAUAAGAUCUCCCCUAUCAAUUAUACUGAUAUUUAUAAUGGAAUAUCACCAUAUGAGAAUUUCAAGAUGAGGAUAUCAGUUUCAAUGGUAUGUUAGUAAUGGCAAUGAAAUUGUAAAAGCUAUGUCUCUUCGAAUUCCCAUGAAAAUGUACAUUUCCAGAGUUUUAAAUAAUUCUUGGAGGACUUUUAAAGAACCCCAAUCUAUCUUUUUUUAAUUUUUACAUUCAAUCAAACAACAAUAAAUUAUAAUAACUUUUA